AUAAUUUAGUGGAUUGGUGCAGCUGCAUAGAAUGAUAAUAAACACUUUGAUGUUAGGUUAAUAAUAUUAAUGUAAUAAAUAUAAAAAAACGAUAGAUUUGAUUAAAUAUUUUAUGAUAUUGUAAUCACAAAAAAAACUAAGUUUCGUAGACUGGUCACGCCCACGUUUACCAAAAUAAUCUGCUAGAAAGCAAUCUUUUGACUGUAUGGUAUGAUUGUUGACAUUAUUAGACAAAAUCAUGGGUGCGUUAUUCGGGAAACAUAAAAAGACACCAAGUAGGAUUACAGAACAAGAUAAAGCAAUUUUGCAAUUGAAACAGCAGAGAGAUAAAUUAAAACAAUUUCAAAAACGUAUCGAGCUGUCUCUCGAGAAGGAUAGGGAGCUAGCUAAAAAAUGUUUAUUAAAUGGCAGGAAGGAUAGGGCAAAAUGUUUACUAAGAAAAAAGAAAUACCAAGAGCAGUUACUUAAAAACACUGAUGCCCAAUUAGAGAAUUUAGAAAAAAUGGCAAUGGACAUAGAAUUUGCUCAAGUUGAAAUACAAGUUAUGGAUGGUCUUAAACAAGGAAAUUUAGCUUUGAAAAAGGUUCAUGAAGUCCUCACUUUAGAUGAAAUUGAACAAAUAUUAGAUGAUACUAGGGAAGCCGUAGAUAAGCAAAAUGAAAUAGACAGCCUCUUGACAGGUGUUUUAAGUCAAGAAGAUGAAAAUGCUGUUGAAGAAGAGCUUAAUAUGUUAAUGGAGUUAGAAGAAUUGGAUGAGAAUGUAGAAGUUGAUAUUAACCUACCAGAUGUACCAUCAGAAGAGUUGCCUCAACACAAAGAGAAGGCGCCCGAGAAACAAAGAAUUGCAGUUGCGCUAGAAUCAUAAAAUUCUAUAUUUUAAACUAGUUGCAAAGAAGAGAUUUGAAGAUACCUUGUAUUAAAUAUGUACAUAUGUAUAUAAAACACACAUGUAAAUUUGCACAAAACUCACAUGUAAAUUUUAAACAAAGCCUAUGAAUUUGAAGUUAUAUGCUUUAAUUGUUAUCUAUAUUAUGUAUAUUGCACAUCCAUACUUAAUAUUAAUUUUAUCUGUAACU